CUUGAGAAUCUCGCCCAGCACAAGCUUUUCGGGGUGGCUUUUCCGAAGAAGCGGCGACAGAUCCCCCGCUCCUUCCUCGGGCCAGAAAACCUUCCCGUCUCCCGAGCGCUCUCCAGACACCUCCGCCACGUUAUCCACGGCCUCUUGCACCAUAGAGGGAAAACAGACCAUGGUGAACCCAGGAAGCAGCUCGCAACCGCCCCCUGUCACCAGUGGCUCCCUCUCAUGGAAAAGAUGCGCAGGCUGCGGGGGAAAGAUUGCUGAUCGCUUCUUGCUCUAUGCCAUGGAUAGCUAUUGGCACAGUCGGUGCCUGAAGUGCUCCUGCUGCCAAGCCCAGCUGGGAGAAAUCGGGACAUCUUGUUACACAAAAAGUGGCAUGAUCCUGUGCAGAAAUGACUAUAUCAGGUUAUUUGGAAAUAGUGGCGCUUGCAGUGCUUGUGGGCAGUCAAUUCCUGCUAGUGAGCUGGUUAUGAGGGCACAAGGAAAUGUCUAUCAUCUUAAGUGCUUUACCUGUUCAACCUGCCGAAACCGCCUGGUCCCUGGAGACAGGUUUCACUACAUCAAUGGCAGUUUAUUCUGUGAACAUGAUAGACCCACAGCUCUCAUCAAUGGCCAUUUGAAUUCACUUCAGAGCAAUCCACUACUGCCAGACCAGAAGGUCUGCUAAAAGAUCAGAGUACUGCAGAAUGCGUGCCUUCAUCUCAAACUUUGUUCAUCACAGAUGGAUCCCAUGUCUCCAGUAGACAAGUCACCUUUGUAGCUAGCAUCAGUGCCAGCUCCAUGCCAUUGCACCUUCUUUACUCUUGAUUGCCCUUCUCACAUUUAUUGGUGUAUUAAAAUGACUGAAAACGAACAUUAAGAACUCCAUGAAUUUGGGCUAAUAGGAGACCGUAGAGAAAAAUGGAGGGGGAAAAAAAAAGAUCCACCGGAGGAGAGAACAACUUUGGGUGGGCAGGGUGGGGACAAAUGACUAAUGAAGCUAAUCCAGAUAAGCUUUUCAAGUCUGCUUUCUACCCUCAUUAACAAUUAGCAGGGCACUGGUGAAAAUUUGUACCCUGUGAUUUACCUUAACAGCAUUCUCUUUGCUCUUUGUAUAAUUUACGUGUUGUAGGAAAUGUUCAAAACUCAAACCUGAGCUAAUGGAAAGAUGGGGCUCUUGUGAUAAUCUUAUCACAAAUACUUUUAUUGUAUCUCUGUAAAAUACAAAUGUAUGUAUGCAUGUAAGUGUGUUUUGUCCUAAUGUUGCUACUUCCCAUGACACAGAAAGAAAAAGGAAAAAAAAUCAAGCUCAUAGCAGCAACUGUAGAAUUUUCAUCUACUCCUAAUUCGCUGAAUGAAGAAGAAAAAUCUUUUAUUUGUGAUAUUUUCAGAGACAUUUGCUCUAGUAUGGUGUAUUUAAAUAAUAAAAAACUUAAAAUGAAA